ACACACUGAAACUCUAAAGCUGUCAAUAAAAAAAACUGUUGCAGUGGAUGACGUAUUAUUUGUGGGACAAAUUUAUGUUGUGUUUAUGUACACCGGCAGUCGUGGAGGACGUUAUCGUAGUUCUUUUAAAACGUGUCCAUCGACAAAUACGGUUGGACAGCAGUCUGGUUAAUACACGCACAUCUGGGAGGGCACACGGGGGAAGGAUGUCCGCAGCCGCUCUGCGCUGGAUCCGUUGUCGGAGGCUGAGCACAGCUGGGCCACCCGGUGUGAAGAAAGUGCUCCAGUGGAAAGAUUUAAGGAAAGUUGCUAAAGUAACUGGCGCAGUUGUCUUGGGGGGCUGUCUUUUUAUUACUUAUGAGAUGAUAGCCUUGGAUAAGGCUGUGACCAUUGACACUAGUGCAAUUCUUCAGGAGAAGAACAAGUCGUACAUCUAUCUGAGGGCCACUCCUUCAGAUGAAAAAGACAACCUAACUGGAGGACUUACACACAAAGCAAGGAGGGAACUUCAUAAAGCAGCAAGACGGUUUGUGGAAAUAUCCUCGAGGCUUUUACUGCAAUCACUCGAUGAGCACUUCAGUCAUGUGGAUGCUGACCCACAUGAGGUGGCAUUGUGGGUCCUGCUGAAGAAGACACAGUCAGCUAAUAAAGCCAUCAGACUAGAGGCUGUUCAGGAGCUUGCAGACAAUCACCACUGGCAUGAUUACCAGUACCAGACGGCAGCACAGGUUAUAGACCAUCGGACAGCAGUGGGCUUGGCCCGGACGCCUCAGGUAGACCUGAGGUUUUUCCGUCACCCACCUGCACUGCCUGAUUUGGGGGAGGGUUUGUCAGCGGAGGACGGACUGAGGCAGCUUUUGGCAUCUCUGCCUCAAACUGAGGUGGACAAAUGUGUUCGGUACUUUACCUCACUGGCCCUGAGAGAGAGCACUCAGUCCUUGGCAGCACAAAGGGGUGGUCUGUGGAGUUUUGGAGGCAAUGGGCUGCCUUAUGCCCAGAGCCUCACCUCUGUUCCUUCUGAGAAGGUGGAGUCCUUCUGUCUGCAGGCACUGGUACAACACUCAAAGGUAAGGAGCCACUGUGACCACAUAGUUGCCAACGGAGGUCUACAGCUUCUCCAGAGGGUUUAUCACCUCAGAACAGACUCUAUGAAGAUUCAGAGGAACAUUGUUCGCAUUAUCGGAAACCUGGCUCUCAAUGAAGGUGCCCAUCAGGCCAUAGCCCAGUCCGGCUGGGUGUCUGUCCUGGCUGAGAUGAUGCAGUGCCCUCAUAUCAUGCAGGCGUCUCACGCAGCUCGUGCUCUUGCAAACCUGGACAGGGAGACAGUAAAAGAGAAAUACCCAGAUGGUGUCUAUAUCCUGCACCCACAAACACGUAGCAAUCAGCCAAUCAAAGCAGACGUGCUGUUCAUACACGGGAUUCUAGGGGCAGCUUUUAAGACGUGGAGGCAGAAGGACCGCAAUACGUUAGAGGAAGAGGAGGCAGCCAAAUGCGAAGAUGACUAUACAGAGUGCUGGCCAAAGUCAUGGUUGGCUGCUGACUGUCCAAAUCUGAGAGUGCUGUCGGUGGAGUAUGACAGUCAUCUAAGUGACUGGAUGGCCCAGUGUCCUGCUGAGAAUCAGAGGAAGUCUCUAGCCUACAGAAGUCAGGAGCUGCUAAAGAAGUUAAAGCUGGCAGGAGUUGGAGAAAGGCCUGUGGUCUGGGUAGCCCACAGUAUGGGAGGACUGCUUGUGAAGAAAAUGCUGCUGGAUGCCUCACAGGACCCAGACAUGCAUGGGUUAUUACAGAACACCAAAGGGAUUAUGUUUUAUAGUGUUCCUCACUACGGCACCUUCAUGGCAGAGUACUCUGUCAAUGUCAGAUAUCUUCUCUUCCCCUCCAUAGAAGUCAGAGAACUCUGUAAAGAUUCACCAGCUCUGCGCAGCCUGAAUGAUAACUUCCUGAACCUGGCCAAAGAAAAGGAUUUCAAGGUGCUGAGCUUUGCAGAGACACUACCGACGAACAUUGGACCCAUGAUCAAGAUACUUGUGGUACCAACGCAGUCAGCAAAUCUCGGGAUUGGUGAGCUCAUUGAAGUGGACGUAGAUCACCUAAACAUCUGCAAACCAGAGAGGAAGGACUCAUUUCUAUACAAACGCAGCCUCCAGUUCAUCCUGGACGCUCUGCAGAGCUACGUCACCCACUGACAGAAAUCUAUAAAAACAAUGACACUGAGACCACCUGCUGUAUACUUGAAAUGUAUAUCACACUCCAAACCAAACAGAGAAAUAACUGCACAUUCACAUGAAGCACCACAAAUGCAAUUGCAGUAUAGCUAACGAAAUCAAAUUUAUUUUACACACGGAUAUAUGUGGAAACCUGUCAGUUGUGAUAACGAUAGCAGGGUGCGUUUUUUGUUGUUGGGGUCUUUUUUAAGUCAUCCACUGAGAUCGGUCUCUUAAUUGUACAUCAGCUAAGUUUGAAAGAAAACAACUCUUAUGUUUACAAGUAAAUUAAGCACAUUACAAUUUUAUCUAGAUUUCCUUUUAUUUUAGAUUUAUUACCAGCUAAUCAUGGGAUACAUAAUGCUCAUUAUCUACUGUAUUUACUUAAAAAUGCACUGACAUUUUGUUGCCACUCAUGCAACUUGACUUUUGACCAGAGCAAAGGUUUAAGACUUUAUUUUUAUAUGUAUUUGUUUUACUCUAACUAUAGUGUGAUUAUCAUCUUAUGUGCCAAAACAUAUUCUUUCCCAAGCCUUACCUCAAGUGGACCUGAGUUAAUACCUUUAGUUCAGAUUGCACAUACAGUUGUAUGGGACUGAUCAAGCAAAUUAAUUUUAAUACAUGUGUUUGCAGCCCCCACUGCCACUAGCAGUCCUAAAUGCUGGCAAUGAAAUGAAUAAAUGUGUAACGUUUGAGGGUUUAUGAGUCAUCUAUGCAUUUCUAUAUACAAAGUACAAAAUACAACAAAGUAUUUGAAACAUUCCUCUGGGAUUUUGGCCCAUAUUGACAUGAUACCAUCACACAGGUGCUGCAGAUUCGUCAACUGCACAUCCAUGAUAGGAAUAUACCACAUCCCAAAGAUGCUCAAGAGGAUUGACAUCUGGUCACUGGAGGUCAUUUGAGUUCAGUGAACUCAUACAAGAAACCAGUAUGACAUGAUAUGAGCUUGGUGACAUGAUGUCUUAUCCUGCAGGAAGUUGCCAUCACAAGAUGGGCACACUGUUAUCAUAAAAGGAUGGACAUGGUCCAGAACAAUAAAUGGGUUGAACUAAGGGGCCUAAAUUGUGCCAAGAAAACAUUUCCUACACCAUUAAACCAGCCUCAGAAACAUUAGUUUGCUAUUCUUACCUUAUUCUUCUGCUGCUGUAGCCCAUCUGCUUCAGGGUUCAAAGUUUUGUGCAGUCAUAGAUGCUCUUCUGCAUACAUUGGAUAUAAAAAAGUGAUUAUCUGAGUUACUGUUGUCUUCCUAUCAGCUCCAAACAGUCUGACCAUUCUGCUCUGAUGCAUUUUUACCCAGAGAACUCCUGCUCACUGGAUAUUUUCUCUCUUUUUGGAUCAGUCUCUAUAAAUCCUAGAGAUGGUUGUAGCUCAAUUGACCAGCAAUUUCUGAAGUACUCGACAAUCACCCGACAUUCAAAGUCACCCACAUCACCUUUCUUCUCCAUUCUGAUGCUCAGUUUGAACUUGAGCAGGUCAUCUUGGUCAUCAUGUCUACAUGCUUAAGUGCACUAAAAUACUUCCAUGUGACUGGUUGAUUGUAUAUUUGCCUUAAGGAGCAGCAGAGUAGUUGUACCUUAUAAGUGGUCCUGAGUGUAUAUAUAUGGUAUCAAGUUGUCAUAGUUUUCCUGUUAGUGACAGAAGGGGGAAAAUGGCACAGUACUGUAUUUUAUACUGGAUCUUAACUUGCAUUUUGCACCAAUGUCAUGAUGCAGUUUUUUGUAAUGCAUUUCAUGCACUUGGGUACAAAUAUUGCAUUAUUUUCUUCAUAAUACUCACUCAUCUAUACACAACGUAGGCUUUUUUUAAACCCACAGUAUUGAUAUGCACUAAAAUAUAAAGCAUUAAACCUUUACCAAGGACAGAAAAGCAGCACAGAAGCAGCAAAAGCUUUUAAAACAUGCUAGCGCGAUAUUUGGACAUCAGAAGAUUGUCCCUUGGCGCACACCUUACAUAACCCAUCAAUGCUUUGAAAACUUAGCAGAAACAGCUGGAGAUCUCGGGUAGAUAAAAGGCUGUUUGUUGCUUUAUGUUAAUCCUUCGCUUAACUGUAGACAGGUAUUCAGCUCUUUAAUCGGCUUCGACUGUCCAUUUCUCUGCAUCAAUAUGGUCAACGUGCACAAAGGUGUCCUUGUUGAAUGUGAUCCUGCCAUGAAACAAUUUCUCCUGUACCUGGAUGAAACGAUGGCCUUGGGAAAGAAAUUCAUCCUCAAGGAUCUUGACGACACGCACGUGUUCA